CAGUCACAUUGACGGUGUGAUCUGGUUGCAAGACUUAGACUACCGUUCCGAGUCACCCUCCACUGGCGAUCUAUAUCGUGAACGUCGACCCAGGACUCUCGAAAUCGCACCCGCAUUUCCUCCCGAUAUAUCAGCUCCUGUCGAGCCAAGCACUCCUAACCUAGCGAUGUCCACCGUCGUCACCUCCCCGGGGUACAUCGCAUCAGCACGCGCAACGGCAAAUAAUUCGGUUUAUUCCUCUUCACACGACCGCAGCACAGAGGGCGACGAGCAAUAUCCAAGGCCUCAUGUUCAUCCAUCAGCUGAUACAUACCUUCCACCCGUGCCCUUACCCGACUCGUACAGCGCAUACGGCCAGUCUCACAGCGGGAGUGGACUUACGUUGUGGUCACCGCCAGGAUACCCCAACGUGGCUUACCCUGCGCAAGCGAGGACGAUGAACUACGCAGAUGCACGAACACCGAUAAUGGAUGGCGCAGUCAUGCAGGCGCCCAUAGCCGCCUCGUAUGCAACCGCAUCUCCAUAUUACGAUCGAGCGGCGGGUUCCGACGUCAACUACUUCGCUGCAGCGGCACCGUACUCUUCAGCACCCUCAACCCCCACCCAGUAUCAUCAGCCCGACGGAGCGCAGUCUGCCGACUACACCCCUAGUCCGCCAUCUCAUGCACAUGCUUAUGGUCGACACGAAUAUGGUGACUCUAUUCCACCUCAGCCUGCCUUCACGGCGUCCGGAAUGUUCACACCGACAUCUUCUAUAAUCCUUUCUGCCCAUCGGCAAAACUCCGUCGAACCGAACUACACUGUCAUGUCAGCUUCCUCGAGCGCGGAGGAUUCAAUGCGUUAUAGCCAUCACACCGCCUUUCCUACGUCGUCCUCCAGUUUCGCUCCUAUCACCGGUGUCUCGCCUCCAUUGGAUAUCUACGCAGAAGCCAGCUUGCGAGGCAUCGACCCGCGGACCUUCGUCACGGAUGCUACUCCUACGAACUUGAGCGAUGCGGAAGCCGAGCGCGAAUACGAUGACAUGACCCUUGCUAAUAGAAAUGGCCGACUCUCUGAUGCUGCCAGCAUUUACAUGAGUGACGGUUCCUCCGACGAACUCAGGGCAGCAACCGACGAUGAUAGCGAAUACGAAGAAGGCUCGGAAUACGCAGCAUCGGGAUCCAAACGGCGGCGGACUAUCAGCGCACCGGGUUCGGAUGACCCUUGUUCCAUUAAGUGCGAAGAGGUCGACCAGGAUUUCACACCUAUCGGAAACUCCAAACGCCUUCGCCCUGCGAGGAAUGUUGUACCAACCCCCGUCCCGAAUCUGACCAAGAAGAGUCGCGGCCGCCAUGUACCAACGAGUCCCGUGUACGUUAAGGAGAACGGCAUUAUGCGAGAUGUGCGGGCAUACACUUGCCAGGUGGCGGGGUGCAGUAAGCGAUUCGCUCGCGGAGAGCAUCUUAAACGCCACGUGCGAAGUAUACAUACGAAUGAAAAACCUUACAAGUGCGACUAUCCUAAUUGUUCGAAAUCCUUCUCUCGCCACGAUAACCUGCGGCAACACCUUCGUGUCCACAAGGACUUUUCAGCGCCGAAAGAGGAUAAUAUCCCAUCAGCCAGUAACUAUUCGGCAGCCAGUCCUCGCUCCUUGCCUGAUUCGCAGUAACCAGUGGAAAUGGACCAUUUGAUUUAGACUACAUUUGCCUCCAUUUUUAACAUAACAUACGUUCUCGCUCGAUUUCUCCAGCCGACGUCGUAUUGUAACGCACGGAGUGUAGCCCUAUUACUGUAGCUUAGCCACCGCCAGUCGAGUCGUCCGAAAUGUAAACAUAUUGUGUC